ACCAAACGAAUUUUGGACCAGUCCCCCUUUUGAAACAGAACCGCCAUUGAUGAUGGCUUAUGAGUAAUGGAGCUUUCCAGUCCAUUUCAUUGGAUACUUCUCGCUUCUCGAUCUUCGAGCUUAUUAAGUAAUCUGUAGAAAGGACGAACAGAUAAAGCGGACACUCUCCUUGAGGUACUCGCAAGCUUCUAUUUCAAUAUUACUGAAAAUUUCCUUUUCUGUUUGACGAUUUCUCGGAAACCAUCAAAGGCUGUCGGAUUACCACUUUACGGUUGUUGUUCUUCUGGGUAGGACGGGGGGAGUGGAUUCUGCAGCUGACAGUUUCUGAAUGUCAGAGUGACUGUUCUAAUGCUACUUUUCAAACAUUUAAUCAAUUAAAAAGAAAAGGAACUUCUGCGAGACUGUUCUUAGACGUUUCUUUUUAUUGAUGUGUUUGUUUGGUUGUGAGUUCAACGAGAUUUUGAAGCUCUAUGGUUUUGGUUUCUUUUCUUGUUUUGUUUUUUUGUGAGUCCUUGGGCCAAUCAAAUGCUGUAAAUCGUAAUGCACUGGUUUGAGCAUAGAAGAUUCGAGUGGAACCGUCAGAGGAUCGUCCUGUUUCUGUGAUAUUCUUCUUCUUUUCAUGGAUCAUAAUUUGGGCACUUGGAGUAUCGCUGAUUGUGAAAUUUUUGUAAUGAACAUUGGAUUUUAAGCCUUUUGUUUGAGUUUUCGAAUCACCUAAACGUGAAACAGGAAGAUUCUUUGGGGAAGUUGAGUGAUUCAGACAAUGUCAAAGGUAUUGAUGAGGAGUUCCUGGUUUUGGGUUUCUCCCUAAUGAUUGUGCUGUUUGAGUUUCUUUCAAUUGGGUCUACCACUUCUGCUGCGGUCGUGCCUAGAACAACUCUAUAACAGAUAUCAUUUAUUUGUCUCCCAUUUGGUGAAAUGGGUUGUGCUGCUUCAAGUAUUGAUGAGGAGGAGAGAGUGAAGGCUUGUAAGGAGAGGAAGAAGCUAAUGAAACAAUUAAUAGGGUCAAGGAAAGAAUUUGCAGAUGCCCUGCUAGCUUACUUGAGGGCAUUGAAGAAUACAGGUGCAACCCUUAGACAAUUUACUGAGUCUGAAACUUUGGAGCUUGAAGGUACUAUUUAUGGCUUGGCAUCGCCUCCAUCACCGCCUCCUCCAUUGCCGCCUUCUCCGCCCCCACCACCACCUCUUAGCCCUGAUUUGAGAAAGCAUGGAGCUGAAGAUGCCCAAGAAGGAAGCAUUGUUAUCGAUGAGGAGGAGGAUGAUCAUAGCUCAUCACCUCCAAUUUUGAGCUCAUCUUGGGAGUAUUGGGAUCCUUUUGAGCUCUCUGCUGUACAUGAACAGAAGAAGAUUGAAAUUGUGGGGCCAGUUGAAGAGGAAAAUUGGGCAGAAACUAGGAGUGAAUUUGAGGAAGAGGAUAAGGAAGAAACUGUAGAAGAUGUCGUGAAUCCAGUAGCUAAGAGUCUAGAGCAAAGGGAAUUGGCAAGCUGUAUUUCUUCUACGAGUAGCUUGCAUAUGAAGGUCGCAACAGACAUGGGCAUGAUAUCAUGGAAAAGAAAGAAAACCUUGGGAGCCGUGGUCAAGGAACUCGAUGAGUAUUUUCUUAAAGCAUCAGGUGGUAUAAAGGAAAUAGCUGUUCUCAUUGAUAUGAGCGCUGGAAAUGAUUUUCCCCCACCUCAUUUCAGGGAAAGCAAGAGGAAGAGAAGCAAUUCUGCUAAGGUCUUCAAUGCAUUAUCACGGAGGUGGUCAUCUAAUUCACUUCAAUUUACAACAGAUACAGUAGAGUUUCUUGGUCCCAAUGAGCCGUGCCGGCCUGGAGCUCAUUGCAUCACUCUAAAAAAACUUUAUGCAGCAGAGCAAAGGCUUCAAAAAGACAUCAAGGAAGAAAAAGGUACCAUUCUAGAGCAUGAGAAGAAAGCUUUGCUACUGCAAAAACAAGAGGAACACUAUGAUUGGACCAAGACUAAGAAAACUCGUCAGGCUGUUGAGAGUUUGGAGUCUGACAUAGUACGUCUGCGGCAAGCUAUAGGGGAAGAUUGUGCUUCUAUAUUGGCGCUAAUGGAUGAGGAACUAUAUCCACAACUGGUUGCUUUAACUUCGGGGUUAUUGCACAUGUGGAACAUAAUGUCUGAAUGCCAUCAAGUUCAGAAUCAGAUCUCCCAGCAGUUGAACCAUCAAAGUAACAACCAUGAUGUGGAUCUAAGUACAGAUUACCAUCGCCAAGCCAUGGCUCAGCUCGCGGCCGAGAUAACUGCCUGGUUCAACAGCUUCUGCAACCUCGUGAAAUAUCAGCGAGAGUAUGUAAAAGCCCUCUGUAGGUGGACUCAACUUACCGACUUCCUUGUCGAUCAUGAUAGACGGAGUGUUUGUGCAUCUGUGGUUCUUAACCUCUGUGAAAAAUGGCAGGAUGCCCUUGAAAGAUUACCUGGCAAGGCAGCUUCAGAGGCCAUCAAGAAUUUCUUGUCAGCCAUAAACUCCCUAAAACUCCAGCAAGUGGAGGAACAGAACCUUCAAAGGAAAUACCAAAAGCUGGAUAAGAGACUUCAAAAAGAGAUUCACUCAUUGGCGGAGAUGGAAAAAAAGCUAGGGAGAAGCUUUCAGUCUGAAGAUGGAAAUGACAAUUUGAGCCACAAGAACCCUUUGAUGCUAAAGUGUUCAAAAACUGAUGCCUUGAAGAAACUUGUCGAUACUGAGAAGGCCAAAUAUCUGAACUCCAUCCAGGUCGGCCGAGCCAUGACAUUAAACCAUCUGAAAACCGACCUCCCCAACGUUUUUCAGGCGCUUAUGCGAUUUGCUAGUCUCUCUGUACAAGCCAUGGAGUGUGUUUGUAGUAGUGUUACACCACCUCAGGAAUGUUGUGAUGAUGCAACAGUGAGCUCUACAAACUGAGUUUAUUAGCAUUUUAGGAUGGCAAUGGCCCCAAGAACAUGUUCUUAUUGACAGAAACUUGCUUUACAGGUUCUUAUUUGUUUGUUGGAUCUGAGUGUAACCAUUACAAUUAAACAUGAAGUCCAGGUUCAUCCAGUCCCUGGUUUGAUUGGGAACACAUUUUUUUCUCAA